AUGGAGCUGAUGAGGCACAAAGAGAAGCGGGGGUCGUCUACAAACAGUGGCCUCAGCGGUGAUGACGAUGUCAGACACGGCGGGGCUCAAGGCAGCAACGUGCGAGUUGACGAAAAUGUUGUUUUUGGUGAAGACUCUGACGAUGAUGAUAACCGCUUUGGCGGCGCAUCGUCCACGUCGAGUGAAGGCAACGCUGAUGGCGAUGCAGACAAAAAAGACGAUGACGACGACGGGAUUGCCGACAUUCGUGAGCGGCUGCUUGCCCACGUGCAGAGCACCAGCGCAGCAAGACGGCAGCCGGCGGAAACCGCAACUGGCAGUGUGUCUAACCCUGCCAGUGCGCUGCAGCAGCUGAAGGAGGAGCUGCUGAAGCCCGUCAUGUCAACGGCGUUGACUGUCGUGAGCGCCACAGAUGAGUCACACGACCUCAUGGCAGAGGUGGUGUCAGCAAAGUUGCCGCCGGCCCCCCCAGAGGACACGAAGCGGCUGCGCAAGCUGCAGUACGUUGACCACAGCACUGUGCAGUACUUGGACAUUCGAAAAGAGUUCUACGUUGCGCCACCCGACGUGAAGGGACUCAGCGCAGAGGAGUUGAAGCAGCUGGUGAAGGAGCUUGACGGCGCAAAGGUGCGUGGGCGUGAUCCGCCGCGUCCCAUGCGCAGUUGGAACGGUUCCGGGCUUCCGGACUCCGUCCUGGAUACCCUCGCACGCGAGGGGUACCAGCAGCCCUUUGCUGUGCAGUCACUCGGCUCUCCUGCGCUGAUGAGUGGUCGUGAUCUUCUAAUCACAGCGAAAACUGGCUCCGGUAAGACCCUGGCGUACCUACUUCCGCUCAUUCGUCACUGCAUUGGACAGGAACCCUGCGGGAAGGGUGAGGGACCCAUUGGCCUCAUUCUCGUCCCUACGCACGAGUUGGCGGCGCAGAUUGUGCAUGUCGCGGAGAAGUUGUGUGUGGCUGCUCAACUAAGGCUGGUGGCCUCGUACGGCUCAACACCGCUCGCAGACAACAUUCGGCAGUGCAAAGCCGGCUGUGAGGUGAUGGUGUGUACCCCUGGCCGACUCCUGGAUCUUCUUACCGUCAGCGGUGGGGCCGUUCUUUCCAUGCAGCGUGUUUCCUUUGUAGUAGUAGACGAGGCCGAUCGCAUGUUUGACAGCGGCUUCAUGGAGCAUGUGGAGGCAUUCCUCAAGAAUAUACGCCCUGACCGACAGCUAGCGUUAAUCAGCGCGACGCUGCCGAAGGAAUUGAAGAAAGUCAUCAUGCAUCACCUGCGGGAUCCAGUGGAGAUCACGGUGGGUGGCAAACCGACACCCGCUUCUAACGUGGAGCAACGCUUCUGUUUCUUUGAAGAAGAGGUCUACGAGGUGGAGGAGGCAAACCGUACAGAGGACAAGAAAUUCCUAAAGUUGUUGCAGAUACUCGGCGAUGAAGGCGGUAAUGGGGAGCACCUCGUCGUCAUCUUCACCCAGCGCAAGGAGGAGUGUGACGACCUUUUUGCACGUCUCUCUUCUUGUGGCUACCAAAAGCGCAUCGCCGUUCUUUACAGUGGCAUGGACCCACUCGACCGCGAGUUCGCUCUGGAGUACUUCACACCCGGCAAUCAGUUUAUUCUCAUCGCAACGGGUGUGGCAGAGCGUGGGCUGGACAUCCCGUACCUGGAGCUUGUCAUCAACUACACCCUCCCUGACCACUAUGAGGCGUAUGUGCACCGCAUCGGCCGUACGGGACGCGCUGGUAAGAAGGGCAAAGCCGUCAGCUUCUUCACCCGCGGAAGGGACGACGACAUUGCGGCGGAUCUCUGUGAGGGCCUCGAGCGGGCGCAGCAGCAAGUGCCGGAGGAAUUAUACGAGCGGGCAACAAAGGUACGUGAAAGGCGCAAGGAGGGUGCCGCGCGUCACAACGUGGGCUUCUACCGUGGCUAUAUGAAGGCAAAGAAACUGCGCUUCACGGACCGUGACCAGCAGCAACAGUUCAAGGCGGCUGCAAGGGCGGCUGGGCUCGAAGAAUAUCUCUCCGCCAGCUCGCACUCGGACUCUGACGACAGUGACAGUGAAGAUGACGGUGAUAUUGAGAUUGUGACGGUGCGGGAGGACGGUACCCGCAGCGGUGGCGAGGCAUCCACAGCGCUGACGCUGCACAAGGAGACCGGUGCUCUUACCAUCUCUACACAGCAGCAGCAACAGCAGGACCGCUUGGCGUUGGCGCUCGCGUACGCACGAAAGACGACGGAGGCUGCUGCGGAUCCUGCCGCGACGGGCGUCCGCUUUGAGGCGGAGUUCCUCAUCAAUGACCUGCCAGAGCAGGUUCGGCUGCGCAUGCAGAGUGCCGCGCUACUGCGCUCCGUUGCGGAGGAAACCGGCACGACGAUCAUCCGCAAGGGUGUGUUCUAUGACAGGAAGUUCAAGCACUCCCACCGCCUGCGCGAUGGAGUGCGGCCGCUCUACCUGCUGCUCAUUGGCAAGACUGCGGAGGCCGUGAGGGAGGCGGCGAAGAAGCUGAACGACGCCAAGGCGGAGGCGCAGAGUCGUCUGCAGAAAAAGGCUUCCACCCUCGGCGCCCAACUCUAA